UGGGAAGAAUGCUCCUUUCAUUGGUGGUCAGUGGGAAGAAUGCUCCUUUCAUUGGUGGUCAGUGGGAAGAAUACUCCUUACAUUGGAGGUCAGUGGUAAGAAUACUCCUUAUAUUGGUGGACAGUGGGAAAAAUACUCCUUACAUUGGAGGUCAGUGGGAAGAAUACUCCUUACAUUGGAGGUCAGUGGGAAGAAUACUCCUUACAUUGGAGGCCAGUGGGAAGAAUACUCCUUACAUUGGAGGUCAGUGGGAAGAAUACUCCUUACAGUGGAGGUCAGUGGGAAGAAUACUCCUUACAUUGGUGGUCAGUGGGAAGAAUACUCCUUACAUUGGUGGAAAGUGGGAAGAAUACUCCUUACAUUGGAGGUCAGUGGAAAGAAUACACCUUACAUUGGUGGUCAGUGGGAAGAAUACUCCUUACAUUGGAGGUCAUUGGGAAGAAUACUCCUUACAUUGGUGGUCAGUGGGAAGAAUACUCCUUACAUUGGAGGUCAGUGGGAAGAAUACUCCUUACAUUGGAGGUCAGUGG